AUGAAUAGUAGUCAUGACCAUAUUUUUGAUCAGAUCAAAUUCAAACUUGAUGAUGAAACGAUCGACCCGGAGAAGAGAUCGUUUUGGGUUUUAUUGUCGUCGUUGGUGCUGUUUGUAGUAUGGAUAGUUUUUCUUACAUAUUAUUUAUCCCGUAUAGCAGGGCCAAUUGUUUCGUUCAUAUUGAACAGCAAUUCAUCUCGUUUGCAUCUUUCUUUGAAUGGCUUACAAAUCCAUGUAUAUAAUCGAGUCCAGCGCUACAAGGAGAUUGCUAAACUGUUUCGAAUGGAAAAGAUUUUUGGAGAUGACGUCGAGGUUAAGAGAGCUGUGCCAUAUCGACAGCGCGGCUCCGUCUGCUUAUUGGGACCGCAUCUGGUCCUUAGUAGGAGUUAUCAAGCUAGACAUUUGGUCAGGUCGUGUGGUUGUCGGAAAUCGGCUUCUACCUUACAUGCUGGCAAAGUUCGUUUACGUGAAUCAGCUGCUGAUCGGGCGUUGCUCUCAGUUGAAGGCCAGGCUGAAAGUGUUCGUGCAUCGUUUUUGAAACAUCCAGAGUACAAGGGAAUGCCUUACAAGGAUCCGCCUCGUACUAUGGGAGACGGUUUUGCUAUCCUGCAAAGUGCCCUUCUACACUUUUUCUAUCACCAGGAUAUACUAGGAUACGUGACUGUUGACGAGCAGUCCUUAGUUUCUCAACGGCCGAUUUGGGAGUCUAUAUGGCGUUUCGAUCAUAACACAGUGAUCUCCUAUGGUCCGUGGGCCGAGCAGCAGCGAGUUCUGCUUUACAGCUUCUUCUUUCCAUCAGAUUAUCAAGAAACUUCUAUUGACGUAUGGUUUAUGCGUGGUGAUCAGCUAGAAAGUGUCCAUAGUCGGUGUCAACCAGGAAGCACAAUUGAUAUGUCAAUUUGGUGGAUAACAAAAGAGGAAGGGUUCAGCUGGAGUAUGCAUACUUCUCUUCUUCGUCUGGAAAGCACAUCUUCACUUCCUUAUCGUAAACUUCUGGAAGCGGAGACAUUCAGCGUUGAUGCUGAAUUCAAAUAUCCUAGGGUAUUCAAUGCAAAACAAACAUGGGAUUUCAAGUUUCGUUUGACAAAGUGCUGCUGCUGGCUUGUAUGGGAUCACCAGCGAUUCGUUUCGGAUCUGAUAAACGAGUUUGUGGGCGACACUGCAGCAGACCUUGUUACGUUUAUACCUUAUACAGUUAUCAUCGACUUUGAUGUUUCGGAUAGUUUCGAGGCUAUUUUAUUGCUGAACGAAUCUAACUGGGUGGACCCGUCUGAGAAAAAUCCGGAAAAUGUAGAGGCUUCCAUUGUUGGAAGUCACUUCAACAUAUCUUUCACUAUGCCGUUCGAGGAUUUCUUACCGGAACUUGUCUCAACUACAUAUACCCUUCGCUUGGAGAACUCACUAGCGUUGCGUCUACGUUAUCCUCCAGGCAGUGCCACAGCACCUAUAAUGGCAGCGUUGGCACGUGGGGCUUACACCAACAUGUACAGCACUCCAUCACCUCAUGGAAGGUUAUCAAAAAAUACGGAAGAAUGGCAUGAGAUUUGGCGUACAGAAAGCAUAACAUGCACAAUUGACUACACAUAUCAUCCUACUGUGCCACGAAUUGCAUCGGAUUUGCCAUUACAUGUACUGCAGGAAUUUUUGCCAAAGCCAGUUGAGCAUCCUAAAGACCUUCCACCGGACAAAAUGAAUGUGAAAUUAGAAAUCGGCGGCUCAGAAGUGAUGUUCACUGGAUCGUUGAUUAAGUGUGUGAUCGAACUGAAGAAUAACUACUUCGGGUUAUAUGACUCGAUGACUGAUGUCACUCAUCCGGAAGCGGUGGCAAUGACACGCUCCAUUUACAAUCGAGUACCUCCGAAUGCUCCUGUAGAAGCAUACAGGCCGAUGGAGGUGUUGGUGGAUUUCAGAGUAUUCAACAUCAGAGCUCACUGCCUGACUUACGCAUCGUUUUCGGAGGAGAAGAGUUUUUGCCCCGUUCUUUAUACGGAAGAGAUCGCUGUGGUGAUAAAGAAGGGUUUCAAGGAGACCAUAAUACAAAAUGACGGCUACUUGACGCUGUCGGGGUUGCAGUUCAGAGGACAUGCAAUGUUCUCGUCAGUUGACUGCCCAUGGGACAUGGCUGUAGUUGAGUACUGCUGGCUUACAGAGAUUUUAGUUGGUGAGGUCGGCGGGUGCUUUGGCAGUCCAUCACAGAUUAUCACAUUGGUGAACUUUCUGGAUACAUUGCUGUUACUUGUCAUUGCGAAGGAUGACGCAAAAAUCGUCCCAGACAGGUUCAAGUUUUGUCAGCAUGGGCAAACAAGUACAGUGUGCUCAGUAGGAUCCCAGCCUGGUCGUCCAUGCGAGUCGGAAGAAAGGUUGAAGUAUCGUCAGAUGCGGAUUUCUGUAGAUGGUGUGCAGCUGGCUUUAACCGAUGAGAGCAAUGUUAUCACGCUCACUGUUGACCCGAUCCGGUUCACCCUUUGCAAUGCCCAUGAGAAGAGAUUCACUGAGCACAUCUGUGUUCGAAUACCGCAAGUGAAGGCUCUCCAA